AUGAAUGAAGAGAGUAAUAAUGUUUCAAAUCAUCAGCUGCUCGACAGUCUUGAAGCUGCCAGUACGUUGACUUUUUUGAAAGAAUGGAAUAGUAUCUCUUCCAAGCUGAACAUUAAACAUAGGCUGCCUAUGCUGACACUGGAUGUGGAGUUUUGGUCGAGGAAUAUUGCAAAUGGUGUCGGAGGCCAUCCUAAAUGGAAGGAUGUGGAUAUGGUUCUAUUCCCCAUAAACGUUCCUCAUGCCCAUUGGUUUUUAGCAGUGCUACAUUUAGAUAUUUGGAAAGUACACAUUUAUGAUUCAGCACGAUGUAUGAAUUACUUCACAACGUACUUGACUGGUGGAGAAUUCAAAAGUUUUGGGGAUAGUAUAAUCGAAGAGCUAGAUGCGAUUGACUACUGGAAGGAUUUCCCCGAUAGACACAAAGAGAACGCAGUUGUGGAGUUUAUUGAUAUUGUAGAUGCGCCACAACAAGAAUAUAUUGCUAAUAGAGGGGAUUAUGGAGUAUUUGUAAGCAUGUAUAUGGAAAUGAUUGCUUCGGGGGUACUGGUGAAGAGUGAUAAGCCAUGUAGAGAUGCGGGAUUUCUCUACAGAAAUAGGAUGACAAAUAUUAUUUGGGAUACUAAAUAACUUGAUGUUUGGAAGUUUGUAUACAUUAUUAUGAAAUACAUGUUUUUAGU